CCGUCCCCGACUAAACCCUAAACCUCUCUCUCUCUCUCUCUCUCUCUCUCUCCUCAUCUGAGAGGGUUCCCGCACAGUCGCGUAGAAACCCUAAACGGCCGAACAACGCUCUCGCCCUCGACUCCUCGAUCGCCAUUGUUCAUCGCCCUGUCGCGCUCUUCCUCCGUCCUCGCCUUUUGCUCGGAGGUGGACGACGAGAUCGAGGAGGAGUUGGUGGCGAUAUCUAGGGUUAGCUCUCCUUUUGAGCACCGGAUCUCUAGGAAGAGGACAAAUACAAAUAAAAGGAUCAGAAUCCUCAAAACGUAGUGAUCUUCACUCAGUACAAUUGUUUGCAGGAAGAGCAAGAAAAGGAGGUAAAGAUGUCAGGAAAAUGGCGAGCUUUGCAACAUCGCCACCGAUACACUUACACGUCGGUCGUGUUCCCCAAAUCCUUCUUCGAAUCCCUCGAUCUCGUGCCGCCGGAGAUCUUCUCCUCCAUCGAUUUUUUCCCCCAAUUGAAGCAUUUGAUCUCCCUUAACUCCACUUACUCCCAAAUCUCUGAAGUGAAGAAUCUUUCGUUUGCUUUCUCCCGGCUGCUCUCCUCUCCGGAAAUGUCUGAUCAUGUUGUAACAACUGCCACGCGGCUUUAUCUAGAAAUUCUCUUUCUCGAGAACUCUUUGCCGCUCCAUCGGACGCUGAUUUCUGCUCUCACCAAGAGCCGAAAGUUCCUUCCCAUGAUUGGUGGCUGCUUUGCCGCCCUUUGUGAGGAAUACGGAAACCCUAAUAAGAAAGGAAAGAAGAGAUUCCUGGUUUCCCGGGCAGCAUUAUCUCUAAUUGGGUACCCAAAAUUAGGGUUUUUGAAUGAGGCUGUCGAGAGGUGUUCGAACAUAAUAGCAAUGGAUGUGGCUACUGGCUUGGAAGGAGUUCUAUUGGAUAUACAAAGAGGUUCCCGGCCCUCACCAGUAGUUAUGGAACAGUGCCAAGAGGCUAUGUCUUGCUUGUAUUACCUGCUUCAGAGGUAUCCAUUCAAAUUUUUGGGGUUGGAAGAGGAUUCAAAUGUCUUCAAGAGGGUUAUAAGGACCAUACUUGGUGUUCUCAAGUCGUCGGCUUUUUCGAGAGACUGUUUAGUUGCCUCUGGUGUGGGCUUCUGCGCAGCAAUUCAAGUAUUUAUGAGCCCCAUAGAGCUCUCACUUUUUAUUUCAAGAGUAUUUUUUGGAUUUUGCUCUCAAAAUGAAGAGAUUGUGGAUUUGAGUGUGAAGAAAAUUCUCCCAGAUAGCGAUUUAAGUUCAGAAAUUGCAGAUUUCUCGGUUUUGAGUAGACUUUGUUUGCUCAGAGGGAUUCUAACGGCGAUACCGAGGAGUGUACUCAACAUGCAGCAGGUCCAUUCUACUAGUGGAUCUUCGUGGACUAUGUUAUAUAGUGGGAUCUUGCCUGAGCUCUGUAACUAUUGCGAGAAUCCCGUUGAUAGCCACUUCAAUUUCCACGCCCUAACAGUUACCCAGAUUUGUUUGCAACAGAUAAAAACUUCUAUAUUGGCAGACCUGGGCGACUUCUCCGGAGACUGCAAUCUUAUUUCAGAAGAAGUGAUCGGCCGUAUUGUGAGGAUCAUAUGGAACAAUCUGGAAGACCCUUUGAGUCAGACAGUGAAGCAGGUGCAUCUUAUUUUUGAUCUUCUCUUGGAUAUCAUAUCAUCCCUUCCAUUGGCCAAAGAUAAUAAUGGAAGCAAGCCGUUUCUGUACAAGAUUGCAGGGGACCUUCUUGUCCUUGGUCCCCGUUGCAAGGGCAGAUAUGUUCCUUUGGCUUCUCUCACUAGGCGGUUGGGUGCAAAGUCUCUCCUAAACUUGAAUGCUAACCUUCUUUUUGAAACAGUAUACAGUUACAUAGAUGAUGAUGUUUGCUGUGCUGCCACGUCAUUCUUGAAAUGCUUCCUCGAGUGCUUGCGUAAUGAGUGUUGGAGUGAUGACGGUGUUGAUAAAGGAUACGAAUCUUUCAGAGUUCUAUGCCUGCCUCCCUUGAUGCAGGGACUUGUAUCCGGUCAUUCGAAACUCCGAUCUAACCUGAAUACUUAUGCUCUUCCUGCUGUUAUUGAGACUGACUCCGAUAGCAUAUUCUCAAUGCUUGCCUUCAUUUCUGUUGGGCCCGGGACUGGAGAGAGUAAAUUCAAUGCGGAUCUGAAGACUGACCAGUGUAUAGCUGCACUAGUUUCCCUUCUCAAGGUGUCACGAACCCUUGCUCUUCUUGAAGGGGAUAUUGAUUUGGAUAGCGAUCCAUCAUCACAAACAUUAUCGCAAAAGAAAGAUGCAGAAAAGUUUGCUGCUUUAUCUAUCAAAGGAAUUAAUGUGAGAGUUCUUGUCAAAUGGUUUGUUUUAGCGCUGACCCAUUCUGAUGAGAGCCUGAGAAUAGAUGCGGCAGAAUCUCUCUUCUUGAACCCCAAGACAUCUAGCCUUCCAUCCUCCUUUGAGCUCAGGUUGGUGAAAGCAGCGGUGCCUUUGAAUAUGAGAUGUAGCUCAACAGCUUUCCAGAUGAAGUGGACUAGCUUAUUCAAGAAAUUCUUUUCUAGGGUUCGAACGGCAUUGGAGAGGCAGGUAAAGCAAGGCCUUUGGUUGCCAUUUGCAGGUAUUGGUGUUAAAAAUUGCGGCGAUUAUGCUAGGAAUGGAGAGGUCUCUAGAGCAGAGGACCUUUUUCAAUUUGUGAGGUGGCUGAGUUGCUUUCUCUUUCAAUCAUGCUAUCCUUCUGCUCCGUAUGAGAGGAAAACCAUGGCCAUGGAACUUAUUCUAAUAAUGCUUGAUGUUUGGCCUAUAAAACUGCCUCGAGGAAAUCACGGUCUCAAUCCUUAUACUGAAGUUAUUACAUCGCCAGAUUCGACAUUGUCGUUAGCAGGAUCUAUUGUAGAUAGUUGGGAUAGACUAAGAGAAAAUUCUUUUCGGAUUCUCUCAUGCUUUCACACUCCACUUCCUGGAAUUUCCUCAAAUAAUUCAGUUAAUGAUCUGAUCAGGUGGGCCAAAACACUGGUUUGCAGUCCACGAGUCCGAGAAAGUGAUGCUGGUGCCCUAACUCUGCGGCUUGUAUUCAAGAAGUAUGUUGUCGAGCUUGGUUGUCUUGUUGAUAAUUCUGGAAAUAUUGACCUCCUCAAGACAAGUCAAGCUGAAAAUGGAUACCCACAAGUUUCUAAAUAUGGAAACCAUAUUGUACAGUACAUUUCAUCACUAGUUGAAUGGCUGCGUGCUGUUGUUGAAGAGGGUGAAAGGGAUCUUUCUGAAGCAUGCAGGAAAAGCUUUGUUCAUGGAGUUCUGCUCACACUUCGAUACACAUUUGAGGAGUUGGAUUGGAAUUCUGAGGUGCUGUCAAGCAGCUCUGACUUGAGGCGUUUAUUGGAGGAGCUUCUUGAGCUUAUUGUCCGUAUAACUUCUUUAGCCCUAUGGGUGGUUUCUGCUGAUGCAUGGUAUAUGCCCUAUGACAUGGAUGAUAUGGUAGAUGACACCGCAUUUUCCCCAGACGAGCUGAUAGAGGAGGACCAAACUGAAUCAGAACCAUUAGACAAGAAUUUGAAAUCUGAGGAUAAUGCAAGACCAGCAGAGCAUGUUGUUAUGGUUGGCUGCUGGCUUGCUAUGAAAGAGGUAAGUCUUCUUUUUGGAACCAUUAUUAGGAAAGUUCCACUGCCUAGCUGCACAAUUUCAAAUUCAUCUACAGAUGAUUGUUCCCUUAAUAAUGUUGACGAAUCUGCAAUACAUACUGAAUUGCUUGACUUGGUACAAUUGGAGACAAUGGGAAACCAUUUCUUGCAAGUUCUUCUUAAAAUGAAGCAUAAUGGUGCGAUCGAUAAGACAAGAGCUGGAUUUACCGCUCUUUGCAAUCGACUUCUCUGCUCAAAUGAUUCAAGGCUUUGCAAAAUGACCGAGUUGUGGUUGGAACAACUGAUGGAUAGGACCAUUGCUAAAGGGCAAACAGUGGAUGAUCUGUUAAGGAGGAGUGCAGGAAUUCCUGCUGCGUUUAUUGCUCUUUUUCUAGCAGAGCCAGAAGGAACACCAAAGAAGUUACUUCCUAGGGCAUUAGAAUGGCUAAUAGGCAUUGCUAAGAGGUCUUUGUCCCCUAUAAAUGAAGGCAAUAACCAGAAGGCAGAAGUUGAAAAUGCGUUGAUCUCAAAGAUCCGAGAUGAGGGUGUGGUCCCCACCGUGCAUGCAUUCAACGUACUUAGGGCCGCCUUUAAUGAUACAAAUUUAGCGGCAGAUACAUCUGGCUUUUCUGCAGAGGCUAUGAUACUUUCGAUACAGUCAUUUUCGUCUCCUUACUGGGAAAUACGGAAUGGUGCUUGUCUUGCAUAUACUGCAUUGGUUCGUCGUAUGAUAGGAUUCUUCAAUGUGCAGAAGCGUGAAUCAGCGCGGCGUUCGUUGACUGGAGUUGAGUUCUUCCACAGGUACCCAGCUCUUCAUCCCUUUAUUUUUGACGAAUUGAAGAUCACCACCAAGCUGCUGGACGACGGUAUUUCCAGCAAUAUAGAAUCAAACAUUGCAAAAGCCAUACGCCCUAGCUUGUGUCCCAUUCUUAUUCUUUUAUCCAGGCUUAAGCCUUCACCAAUCAGUUCUGGAACAGAUGGUGCUCUCGAUCCCUUCUUGCUAGUCCCUUUCAUCCAAAAGUGUGCUACCCAAAGCAACCUUCGAAUUCGUGUUCUUGCAUCAAGGGCUCUAACUGGUUUGGUAUCUAAUGAGAAAUUACAGUAUGUUAUUAAUGAGGUGGGCCAUAGUUUGCCUGUUGGGAAGCAUCAUUUGGUUUCAUUUAAUUCGAUUCAUGGGCUUCUGUUGCAGUUAUCUUCUCUCCUUGAUGGCAAUUUGAGAAAUCUAACUGAUGUUAUUAAGAAGGAUCAGAUUCUUGGCGAACUAAUCCAUGUGCUCUCCGACUGUUUGUGGCUUGGUAGUACUACGUCAUGCCCCUGUCCUACCCUAAACAGCUCAUUUAUCCGGGUACUGGAUCUGAUGCUUGAUGUUGCAAGAAUGGGCGCCAGCAGACAUGCUGUUGUAAUCCAAACUUUGCUUUUUGAGUUAACCUCUCAAUGCUUAAACGGUGAAAAUUCUUGUGAAUUGACUUUUCAUGAUCCAACGAAAAUUGAGCUUCAAAAGCAAGCAGCUUUGUCUUAUUUCAGUUGCCUUUUGGGAGGAAAUUCUGAAGCCACUGCAGAAGAUAUCCAGCUACAGAGAUUUAAUCUGCAAUGUUCAAAGUUGUCAGAGAUGCCUGAAGUGGAAAUGUCCGUCACCGAACUUCACGAAAGAAUUGCAUCUUGUAUUUCUAAUUCUGCAUAUGAAGUCAGGGCUGCGACAAUGAAGAGUCUUCUUAAGCUCGCAAAAACUAUGAGACCUGGUGAGGGUGAAGGCGCUAUGCACCAGUGGGCGAGGCGUAAUCUGCUGUCUGUUCUGAUGAACCAUUUAUUUGUGGAAGAGAACCCAAAAUGUGUGUAUUACAUUCUAAAGGCCAUCUUCUCGUGGAGUACUAAACUAGGAGAGCCUGUCAAUCGUGGAGGAAAUUUUGAAUUGGUAUUUCAUUUUUGGGACAGGCUGGUUCAUUUGAACAGCAUCAUGACACAGUCAAAAACCCGCGAAGUUAUUAUUCGCUGCAUGGCUCUUUGUGUGAAGCAGCUUGUGAAGUUGGUUAGGAGCUCUAUCUUCAUUAACCAAUCUCAGCAAGAAGAGACCGCAACUGUCUGUGGCAAAGCCAACCAAUCUGCGAGAUCAGUGGUGGCUAUUGAAACGAUUAAUUCUUUUAUCAAGCUAGUUAAAGGUCACAGUGCACCAUCUGAACCUGUGAAUAUGAGAAGGGCUGCUGCAGAAGCCAUAAUUGCGUCCGGGCUGCUCGAAGAAGCUGCUUAUGCUGCUUCUUUUGUGUCUAAUAAUCAAAUUCCAUUAGAAUCAGAUGACUGUGAUAUUGAGGAGAAAUGCACCAAGGCCACUGAAGAGGAAAUCACAAACCUCUAUGCUUACAUGAUAUUAGAUGUAUGGUUCACAUGUAUUCAAUUGUUGGAGGAUGAAGAUGUGGUGCUUAGACAAAGACUUGCAAAGGACGUUCAGAAGUGCAUCAUAAUCUCAAGUGGAUCGAGCAAUAAUGACUUAUGUAGCGAUGCAGUGCCAACACAAGUGGAUAGGGUCAUUGAAUUAAGUUUCGACUUUUUAGCUUCAGUGUUUGGCCACUGGCUCGAGUACCUAAGUUAUUUAUCGAGGUGGGUUAUCGAUACUGCCGGUUCUUUGGAGUCCCGUGGAGAUUUAGUUCGACAGAUAUUUGACAAAGAAAUCGAUAACCAUCACGAGGAAAAGCUGUUGAUUUGUCAGAUCUGUUGCUCUCACCUACAGAAGCUGUCAGUGUCUAAUUAUAGAGCAGCUCGUGACCACCCAAAAAUGGAAGCAAUUUUCCUGAAUUGGAGACAAAAAUUCUUGCAACAAUUGAUGUCAAUUGCGAGUAGCUUUUUAGAGAACGACGGAAGAACAGAGUGGAUUGGAGGCAUAGGUAACCACAAGGAUGCUUUCAUAUCAGUGUAUGCAGACUUACUCGGCCUUUUUUCACUAACACAGUACAGAAUUGAUGGAUAUUCUUCAGCAGAACAAUUAAGUGAUGCAGAUAAGCUUUAUUUAUCAGAGUUCUCGGAAGUCGCAGGAAUUAUCGGACCAUUUCUCAGAAACCCAUUAAUCUCUAACCUAUAUUAUUUAGUGACUCAGUCACAUGAGAAGAUGCUUGGACCUCUGCAGGCUCCACAAUGUCAACAAGAUUGUUUAGUCUGGGAUGGUUUUGAUCCUUAUUUUCUUCUCAGGUGACAGCAAUUUUUUUGUAUCAUUAAUCUCUGUUGUAAUCUUUGAGCCAAUUAAUCUUCCAUGGAGAAAUUAUAGUGUAGUUCUUUCAGAUUAUACUAGGCCAUUUUCUGUAUCAUAUGUUAAUAAGUGCUCAUUUUACAAGUGAAAUUAAAAUAUCAAUCCCAUGGUGAGGAAACUGCAGCGGCUUGUGUUG